AUGGCUUUUCUCUCUGCGCGCUAUGCGGGGCUGGCCAAGCGAUGGCCACAUUUGGUCAGUGGAGUCACAAGCUCAGUCAUUAUGACUUCUGCGGACGUCUUCUGCCAGGGAGUCAUCCAGCAGCCAGGACCGGAGGGGCUCGACUACCGCCGGACGGCCGGUCUGGCAUUCUUUGGGAUGUUCUGGUAUGGGGGACCCUGUAAGUGGCUCUACCUGGCCAUGGAUCGAUACGUCGGCCAAAAGUCGACGUUUCGCAACGUGGUAGUCAAGACUUUGUUUGACGUUUACAUCCACACGCCCUUCGGCGUCGUCCCCGGCUUUUACCUCGUGACUGGUACGUUCAAGGGCGACAGCCUCACGCGGAUCCACGCGCAGCUCAAGCGCGAAUGGGUGGAAGCAUCGCUGGGCUCCUCCUUGUUUUGGACGCCUGCGCAAGUCGUCAAUUUCUGGCUCGUUCCGCAGCCCUUCAAGAUCGCCUACGUUUCGGUUCUCUCCUUUGCCCACAAGACCUGGAUGUCCUGGGUGUCCAACAGGGACCGUUAUGCCCUCCGUUCCGGGAGCGCACCUCUUCUUCCAGGUCCAUUUGCAGUGGCCUAG